AUGGGUUGUCCUGUGUAUCUUGGCAUAGUCGGUGUGGGUGGUGUUGGAAGUGCUUUUCUCGAACAAUUGGAACGGCUACCAAAUCCCCCGAAGCUCAUUCUUCUCGCCCGUUCAUCACAAACGCUCUAUGCCCCAGAGCCAGCCUACUUGCCUGCACUACCCCUCUCAGGCUGGGCAGCCGCUGAAAAAACAUCAUCAUUGAUCAAGUCGGGUCCCUUGCCCCCAGACGAAAUAGCAAGGUACCUGAGUCUUGCGCCAGGUCGCGCUAUUCUCGUCGAUACCACGUCCGAUCUUACUAUAGCAGAAUCUUAUCCUAUCUUCCUCAAGAAGGGUAUAUCGGUGGUAACUCCCAACAAAAAAGGGUUCUCCAAGGAUACGACGCUCUUUAAUGAAAUAUUCGCCGCUGCAAAUGAGGGCAAUGCGCUGGUCUACCAUCAAUGCACGGUCGGCGGAACUCUUCCAGUUCUGUCAACCUUACGAGACCUAUUAGUGACAGGCGAUGAAAUUGUCCGAAUUGAAGGGAUUCUUUCUGGAACCCUUUCUCUUUUGCUGGGCGAAUUCAUGCCUCCCAGCGGCACAUCAGACGUAAAGUGGAGCUCUCUUGUCGCACACGCCAAAGAAAUUGGACACACCGAGCCAGACCCUCGCGAUGACCUGAAUGGUCUCGACUUUGCUCGCAAGCUGACCAUUCUAGCAAGAGUGGUCGGCCUUGAAGUGGAUCACCCAGACAGCUUUCCUGUUGAGUCGCUUAUCCCUGCCAAAUUAUCGUCACUUCCAUCCUCAACUGAAGGAGUUGCAGAGUUCAUGAGCCAGCUGCCCGAUUUUGACGCCCAAAUGGAUGAAGCUAAAAGCGCAGCCGCGACGAAAGGCAAAGUUCUUCGAUAUCUGGGUAGCAUUGAUGUCUCGACCAAGGCUAUCAAGGUCAGCCUCGAGCAAGUCGACAAGGGAACCCCCAUUGCCAACCUAAGGGGUAGCCAGAUUGUUAGCAUAUAUACUAAACGAUAUGGCGCCAAUCCACUGGUACUCAUAGGCGGUGGGGGUGGUGGAGAAAUCACAGCCAUGGGCCUGAUGGCUGACUUGCUGAAAGUUAUAGAGAGGAUUCAAUAG